GGUUUGGCUGGUUGUCCCUCAUUUCCUCAAACGCAGCAGCUAGAGUUGGUGUUUAUAUCCCAUCCGGUCAUCCCUUUGCCUGGUUGGAUCUCCAAAAGCAGAUAGACACAUAGAGAGAGAGAGAGACAGCUCCUGCGUCUUUGAUCUCUAGUCCUCGCCGAUCUCACAAAAGCGUUGACUGAAAUGGCUGGAGGAGUGUUCCACCAGUUACUGAGAAGGAAACUUCAGUCUCAAUCAAAAGCCCCUCCUUUAUUGUCAUCUCUCAUCUCAAAGAAAGAAGAGGCAGGGUCUACCAGCACAAAGUCCCUAAGAGCCCUUGCACUCCUUGGAGCAGGCAUCUCUGGGCUCUUGAGUUUUGGAACGAUAGCAGCAUCUGCUGAUGAGGCUGAACAUGGCUUAGACUGCCCUAAUUAUCCCUGGCCUCACCAGGGCAUUCUCAGCUCCUAUGAUCAUGCUUCGAUUCGUCGUGGUCAUCAAGUUUACCAACAAGUCUGUGCAUCUUGCCAUUCUAUGUCACUUAUAUCAUACCGUGAUUUGGUGGGUGUCGCAUAUACGGAAGAAGAGGUAAAGGCUAUGGCAGCCGAGAUUGAAGUCGUUGAUGGGCCUAAUGAUGAGGGUGAGAUGUUUACACGCCCUGGUAAACUCAGUGAUCGUUUUCCUCAGCCAUAUUCAAAUGAACAAGCGGCUAGGUUUGCUAAUGGAGGGGCCUAUCCUCCAGAUCUAAGUCUUAUCACCAAAGCUCGCCACAAUGGUCAGAACUAUGUGUUUGCCCUUCUAACUGGUUACCGUGAUCCCCCUGCUGGUGUUUCGAUUCGGGAGGGCUUGCAUUAUAAUCCUUAUUUUCCUGGGGGAGCAAUUGCUAUGCCUAAAAUGCUUAAUGAUGGUGCUGUUGAGUAUGAGGAUGGUACCUCUGCAACAGAAGCUCAGAUGGGGAAAGAUGUUGUGUCAUUCUUGUCAUGGGCUGCAGAACCUGAAAUGGAAGAGAGGAAAUUGAUGGGAUUUAAAUGGAUAUUCGUACUGUCACUGGCGCUACUACAAGCUGCUUAUUACCGUCGCAUGAAGUGGUCUGUUCUCAAGUCUCGCAAGCUGGUUCUUGAUGUUGUCAAUUAGCUUCCAUCUGUUUUCCUUUCUACCUUUGCUUUUGGGGGGCAACUUGAAUCGAAAAUAAUUAUUAAUCAGAUCUAGGUUUUCUUGCCAUGUUAAAUUGGCUCCAAUUGGUAAAUUGCUAAUGGAGUGACCUGAAGAUCCUUCCUUUUUUGAGUUUGAGAUAAAAAUAAGCUACUCCAUAUACAUGAUCUGCCAUUGUGGUCUACGGACUGUUAAUUUUGUUUGAGUUUCUGUAUGAGUUCCAAAUUAUCCAGGGUGGAUUGUAGUAUUCAAAAUUUGUUAAAAUUUGUCAUUUUAUUUGGGGGAUUUUUGCAAUGCAAUCAGUGAUAUAAGAAAAGUGAGGAGCAAUGGACAAUAUCCCCCAUUAAAAAACAAGUGAUGUUUCUGCUAUUUUUCACAUCAUGAAUCGGUGUUUAGCUA